AUGUAUAAUAUCUGGGAGGAGCGACGAUGUGAACGCGAUAACUGUAAAAGAAAACCCAAAGAUUGUUUCGUGUGCUGUCCAAAACCAGGAAACUACCUGCCAAGAAUUUCGGAAUGCACAGAAACCCCUGCACUUACAACUACAUCUAAACCCGCCUUCCGAAUAUCGGGCGGAAAGGAGCCGCCGCUGCAUAAGUAUUCCUGGAUGGCCAUGCUUCUUUACCGGGACCUCACUGUUUCGAAUCCGAAGCUUGAGGCCCGUUGCGGAGGAUCCUUGAUCAAUAACCGCUACGUCCUGACCGCAGCCCAUUGUGUGAAGCUAGUCGGAGACUUACUUCUUAAAAGGGUUCGCCUUGGCGAGCACGACAGCUCCACCGAUACGCAUUGCCAACAAAGGUUCGGAAGAAGGAUAUGCGCUCCCCCUCCUCUGGAAAUAAAUGUGGAGAAUGCUUUCGUGCAUGAAAAAUAUAAACGCUACAGUGAACACCACGACAUCGCUCUUUUGCGUCUUCAAUCUUCCGUUCGCUACACUGACAGAAUAAAACCGAUCUGUCUACCGAAUGCCUUCUUCAGCCUGAAAGAUCAUGACUUGUUCGUAGCAGGCUGGGGCUAUACGGGUCUUCAAAUAAAAAGCCAUAAACUGCUUUCGGCAACCGUUAAGGAGACGAACUUUAAAGUCUGCUUCGAUCAGUUUACGCACAAAAAAUUCAGGAAUGAUACCCAAUUAUGUGUCAGUGGCAAAAGUGGAGUGGAAGAGAGCUGUGAGGGCGAUUCCGGCGGUCCUUUGAUGACAAAAAAUGGAGACAUUUGGUACGCAAUUGGUAUCGUUUCCUAUGGACCACCUUGCAAUCAAACAAAAUGGCCAAGUGUUUACACAAAAAUUGCCCCAUAUUUCAAAUGGAUACGAGCCCAUUUAAAGCCCUAA